CAACCAUGAACGCCGGCACGAGCCUCAACCAGAGCCUCACGGCCGCGUGGAAAGUGGCGCCUGCGGCGGCUGCGCCGAAGAAGCGUGCGCGCAAGAUCGGGCUGAACGACUCGGACACGACGCCGGCGGCGUCGCAGCCCACGUCGGACAAGGAGCCGGAGGCGCCGAAGCGCCGGCGCUUGCGGCGCGACAAGGACAAGGACGACAAGUAUGCGCCGCCGGAUGCGCGGCUCGCGCAGCUCGGCGGGCUGAACAAGCAGAUCACGCAGCUGCUGGAGAUUGUUGCGCUCCCGCUCCUGCACCCCGAGAUCUACACGCACACGGGGGUGCCCCGGCCGCGCGGCGUGCUGCUGCACGGCGUGCCGGGCGGCGGGAAGACGCAGCUCGUGAAAUGCCUCGCGGGCGACCUCGGGUUGCCGUUCAUCACGGUGUCUGCGCCGAGCAUCGUCUCCGGCAUGAGCGGGGAGAGCGAGCGCGCGCUCCGCGAACACUUUGACGAGGCCAAGAAACAUGCGCCGUGCAUCCUCUUCUUGGACGAGGUGGAUGCGAUCACGCCGAAGCGCGAGACGGCACAGCGCGAGAUGGAGCGCCGCAUCGUCGCCCAGCUCCUCACGUGCAUGGACGACCUGGCGGCGUCGGACAAGCCGGUGGUGAUGAUCGGGGCGACGAACCGGCCCGACAGCCUGGACCCGGCGCUGCGGCGCGCCGGGCGGUUCGACCACGAGAUCGAGAUGGGUGUGCCGUCCGUCGAGGGGCGCGAGGAGAUCCUACGCGUUCUUUGCUCGUCGCUGCAGCUCAGCGGCGACGUCGACAUCCGGUGGCUUGCGAAAGCCACGCCGGGAUACGUCGGCGCCGACUUGACCGCGCUCACGACCGAAGCCGGCGUGGUUGCCGUCAAACGCAUCUUCGAGGUCAUGGCGGCCGAGCCCGACAUUGGGGGCAUGGUGCUGGACGACGGGCCGCUCGCGUCCCUGCCCUCUGCGAUUCUCGCUACGCCGAUCGCCAAGUUCCUCACGCGCCACCCCAACCCCCUCCAGCCCGAGCAGCUGAGCUCGCUCACCAUCGUGCCGGAAGACUUUACGGCGGCGCUGAAGAUCGUGCAGCCGUCGGCGAAGCGCGAGGGCUUCGCCACAAUGCCGGACGUGACAUGGGCCGACAUCGGCGCGCUCGGCACAGUGCGCGACGAGCUGCACAUGGCGGUGGUGCAGCCGAUCCGGCAUCCGGAGAUGUUCAACGUUGUGGGGAUUGAUGCGCCGUCCGGCGUGCUGCUCUGGGGUCCUCCCGGCUGCGGCAAGACACUCCUCGCGAAAGCGGUGGCGAACGAGAGCCGCUGCAACUUCAUCUCGGUGAAGGGCCCCGAACUCUUGAACAAGUACGUGGGCGAGAGCGAGCGCGCUGUGCGCCAAGUGUUUGCGCGCGCGCGCGCGUCCGCGCCAUGUGUCAUCUUCUUUGACGAGCUGGACGCGCUCGUGCCGCGGCGCGACGACUCGAUGUCCGAGUCGUCCGCGCGCGUCGUGAACACGCUCCUGACCGAGCUCGACGGCCUCGACACGCGCAAAGCCGUGUACGUGAUCGGGGCGACGAACCGGCCCGACAUGAUCGACCCCGCGAUGGUGCGCCCCGGGCGCCUCGACAAGCUGUUGUACGUGGACCUCCCGUCUGCGGGUGAGCGCGUCGACAUCUUGCGCACGCACACGACGCGCACGCCCGUCGCCGAGGGCGACUGGGACGCGAUCGGGCGCCUCGUGGCCAGCGAGGCGUGCGACGGCUUCUCGGGCGCCGACGUGGCUGCGCUCGUGCGCGAAGCCGCGAGCCUCGCGCUCCGCGGCGCGCUCGAAGACAUGGGCGCGUUCGAGAACGACAACGACACGGGCGACGCCCGCCUGCCCCCCAUGCGCGUGGGUGCCGGCCACUUUGUCGCGGCCGCGCAGAAGACGCGGCCGAGCGUCUCGCGCGAACAGCGCGCGCGCUACGAGCGCAUGCGCGACAAGUACGCCGGCGUGCCGGCGCGCGGGCGGCGCACGCGCAGCGAGCGCGAGAACGAUCUCCUGCGCGCUCAGCUUGCGCAGGUCACCGGCGGCGCCGAGGGCGACGUCGACGAGAUGACGGAGAGAAUAGGCCAGGUGUUGCCCGGGAUAGCGUAGGCUGCGGAGCGCCGACUCGUAGCGAGGUGUGUAUCCAUCAUGUAUUGUACGCUGCGCGUCUG